AUGUCUGACUUUUUCAGAGCAUUUAACAGGUCUUCAAUAUGCACUAAUUAUCCACAGUUUGAAACCUGUAUUAAUUUUUACCUUUCCUUUGUGUUUUUAGGCUGCCUGUUUGAGGAUGACCUUUGCAAGUCUUUUGAAGUCUGUGUAAAUGAUGGACUAUUUGGGAGAUGUCAGCAAAUGCCAGUAAUAGACAUCUAUAAAUAUGACAUUUCAGCCCCCGUUCUGCAGCACCUGAGGAUCAUCCUGGAGCAGCUCUCACACAGAGGUUUUACCUGGCGAGACGAUUACACACAGCAUGUUAUUGGUCAGGAACUCUCAAGCAUUCACAAAAUCCACAGCAGACGCCCUGAUGUAUUUGCAUCUGAAGGAUCUGACACAGGAAGGACUUUGGGAUGGAAUGAAGAUAAUGAAAGAAAUUAUGAUGUGGAAAAUAAUGUCAACUUGGCCAAGUCUCUUCAGCAAUACCUUAAAUAUCUCAGAAUUCUCUCCCAGUCUGCAUCUAAGAAUUUGUAUCCAUGGAAGACAAGUGACAAAGCUUCUAUCAAGAGCUACGUCUACAAUGACCCUCUGAGGUACUACACGAGGCAGAACCCCAAGGAGCCAUCACCAGCUUUGGCCCACGCAUCGAAAUCCCAGCAGGAAUUCCCUGAGAGUGCCCGUGGCCGGAGCCUCCGCCAGCGGCAGCCGGAGAAGGGAAGGGAGCAGCAGAGCCUGAUGGCCGCGCUGCACUCCUACAUCACCCAGAACCUGUCUGCACAGAGCAGUGGGAACAGCCCUCACAGCAGGACUAAAGGCUCCCAGGUCUAUCCUGAGAGAUUGUACUCUACACAGGUCAGUCCUUCCGAUGGAACUUUUGCCAAAGGCAAAGCGGAAGAUUUCCCAAUGCGGAAGCUGUUCCCGCAGAGGCCAACCCCAGAGAUGCUGAGUCACAAAUCUGCUCCCCAGCAAGACCCUCUGAGCAUUGUGGAUGAGACACUGAUUAAAAAUGUAUUGAAGGACCUAGAGAAACACCAAGUGAAUGUGGAGAAUCUCAGCUCAACAGAACUGGAUGAAAUUGCUGAUACCAUUGCCACUGCAAUCCAAAGUGUUGACAUUCAGGAAGAAACAGAAAAAAGUGCUGGAAAAACUAAAGAAGACAAAACAGAAGCACAAAUGAAGAAAGGAGAUUCUCAAGGAAGGGGAGAGCUUCAGACUGGAUUAAUGGAAAACAGUGUUAAUAUACCAGAUAAUGGAGUGCACGAAGCCAGUGUGAGAAAUGAUAAAGAGGAGAACACUGCAAAACUAAUUAGAUUUUUGAAUGAGAACGCAUUAGCUGAAAAUAUUCAUAAAGACCUUAUUGCUGAAGAACCUACAAAGACAGAAACUAAGAAAUCUGAAGAAACUGACCCUUCUUCCUCAGAAGAAACAAAUGCUGGUGUGGAAAAUGUAAAAAGUGAGACUUUCUCAAGGGAGCUGACAACUGCAAAGAACAGUGAAUCUGACUCCGAAGACCCCAGCCAGACCAGCUACUGGAUUAAGAAUGCUUUAAUGCAGGAAGGAAACUCCUAUGAAAAGCCUCAGAAAAACACAGGACAAGGCUUACAACUUGAAGUGAAAUCUUCUCAGGAGGAAGAAUAUGGCUAUAUUGUGACAGUGAAAGACCCCCUAAGUGUGGAAAAGGGCUUGGAGUUAAUAAAGGAAGUGGCAGAUCUCCUGAAGCUGCAGAUGAGUGUCUUCGAUGAUGUCAACGUGCUGGGACCAGCUGUGACCUUCCGAGUGCACUCAAACCUCCAAAAUAUUUCAACUGCAGAUGUUGCCAAAGAAGCAGCCAUAAACAAAGAGAAGCUUGAAAAAACAACUGGACUGAAAAUUCUGCAGACUGGUGUGGGGGAGAAAAGCAACGUCCCGCCGCUCGCGCAGCGCGGGGAAGAGGCGCAGUCCGCGAAAUUCCUCCUCCUCACCCUCUUUUCCCUCGCCUGCAUCGCCGGGGUCCUGGCGGCGUCGGGGGUCGCCUACUGCCUCCGCCACCGCGCCCACCACCGCCUGAAGGAGAAGCUCUCGGCCCUGGGGGCUGACGCCGGCUCCGAUGCUCCCACUGCUUACCAGGAGCUAUGCCGGCAGCGCAUGGCGGUGAAGACCUCUGACCGCCCGGAGCCCCCGCGCGCGUCCCGAAUCAGCAGCGUUUCCUCACAGCUCAGCGAUGGGCCCGUGCCCAGCCCCUCGGCCCGGAGCAGCACCUCGUCCUGGAGCGAGGAGCCGGUCCAGUCCAACAUGGACAUCUCCACCGGUCACAUGAUCCUGUCCUACAUGGAAGAUCACCUGAAAAACAAGAACCGCCUGGAGAAGGAGUGGGAAGCUCUGUGUGCGUACCAGGCCGAGCCCAACGAGAGCAGCGCGGCGCAGCAGGAGGAGAACGUGCAGAAGAACCGCUGCCGGGCCGUGGUGCCGUAUGACCAUUCCAGGAUAUGUCUGAAAGGUGAAAGUAGCCACGACAAUUCAGACUACAUCAAUGCCAGUCCAAUUAUGGACCAUGACCCCCGAAACCCUGCAUAUAUUGCCACCCAGGGCCCUCUCCCUGCUACUGUUGCUGACUUCUGGCAGAUGGUCUGGGAGAACGGCUGUGUCGUUAUUGUCAUGCUGACACCCCUCGUGGAAAACGGAGUCAAACAGUGCUACCACUAUUGGCCAGACGAAGGGUCAAACCUCUACCACAUCUACGAGGUAAAUCUUGUCUCUGAGCACAUCUGGUGCGAGGAUUUCCUCGUGAGGAGCUUCUACCUGAAGAACCUGCAGACCAACGAGACCCGCACAGUGACCCAGUUCCACUUCCUCAGCUGGAACGAUCAGAGGGCUCCUGCUUCCACCAGAUCCCUUCUGGAUUUCCGCAGAAAAGUAAACAAGUGCUACAGGGGUCGCUCUUGUCCAGUAGUUGUUCAUUGCAGCGAUGGUGCGGGAAGAAGUGGAACCUACAUUCUAAUUGACAUGGUUCUCAAUAAAAUGGCCAAAGGUGCUAAAGAGAUUGAUAUUGCUGCUACCCUGGAGCACUUGAGGGACCAGAGACCAGGCAUGGUCCAGACAAAGGAGCAGUUUGAGUUUGCUUUGACAGCAGUGGCAGAGGAAGUGAAUGCAAUACUCAAGGCCCUUCCCCAGUGAGCAGCUCAGUCUCCUGAAGGUUCCUGCAGAAUCCAUCCCUCGUUUUCCUCAUCCUCAGUCCCUGUGAAUGUUCUUGGAAACCGUGACCUGACCUUAACUGUGUAUCUUCUGUUGUAACCACAUAGUGAUAGGGUCCUCACAAACUGCUUUAGCUGGUAAAAGUUCAACAGUUAAAAUGUGUAUUCUGUUUUUUGGGGGUUUAAACAAUUUUUUUAAAGUACAUCAAAGCCUCGGAUUAAGUGACAGAACAAUCCAUCUAAUUCCUCCUACAUCCUUGAAGCCCUGAAUGUCACACUUUGAAAGCACACAUUAAUGUUCUUAAUAGCAAAUAUACAAUAUUGUGGGUAAUUAGUGCAGAAAACAGUGUUCUGUUAUAUUUUUCAACUUCUCAAAAGCUAAAUAAGAGUGAGGGCUGAAGAGAAUGGUGAUUGUUCCCAUAUAGUGCCAAGCUGAAGCAUGAAACAGUGCAGUGGGUGUGAGCAAACACAGGUCCAGACUCUGGCAAGGAGAGCUUGCACCUUCUCAUGCCAGGCUUUGGCAAGCAAAUGCUUUCUUAACUGUUGUUUACUUUUCAGCUUUGUGCCAUGAGAGGCACAAAAUCUGAGCUAUGAGAAAAGAGGCUUGCAUGGUUGUUGCAACUGGGGAGAAAACAUGUUGGUCACAUUAAUGGGAAGCUAGGGAAAAAUGAGCACAACUCAUGUACCUGGCAUGACAGCACAGAAGAGGAGAGCAUAGGCUCCCUUCAGGUGAUGGGAAAGGUCCUGUCAGCAGUCAGGUAAUUGUCUGGAGCUGUUAUGGAAAGAGAUUGUUGGUUUUAUGGGAUUACUGAGGAAGAAAAUGGGAUUCUCCCCUUUAUAUCUUUACAUUUCCCUCUGUAAAGCUCCGCUGCGCCAUCCAUUUUAGCCAGGAAAGUGUAUUUCUGUAAAAGCCUGGCUGAAGAAGAAAUCUCCAAUCUGCAUUUUACGACUCUCAUCGAGUUUGUCUGAUCCAGGCAUUUGUUGCAGCUCUCUGCAGAGGCUUUGCUCACUCCUUGUUCUGCAGGACACCUAUUUGAACUGAGCAUGAAGGGGUAAAGCAGCACAAAGAUUGAAUUUCAGAGAUUCAUGUGUUCUCAAAAGCCUAAUGCCUACUGUUGCAAAGUACUUCUAAAAUAUGUCUGUAAAUGGUUUGGAUAUGCAAUCUUGCUUCUGUGAUUUCACAGGUUUAGUUGUGGCACUCUUCUAAAGGAAUUUACAUUAUUGAUAGAAAGUACUCUGAUAUGUUUGAACAAAGGGCCUGAGAGUAAAAUUAUUGAAGGCACCUAAGUGAUCUAAGCUAUUAAUUUCAUUCUCAAAAGUGAAUAUUUGGAUGCUUUUUCAUCUGCUAUCCUACAUCUCCGUGACGUAAGAAUCUGGGGUGCUUUUUUCCCAAAGUCUUAUGAGUAUUGUGUGCUUGAAACCGUAUUAGGCUAAUUGUUUAACUUCAACACUGGAAAAUAUAUCAUUGAAUUUAAUUUGGGAAGGGGAGCUUUCAUAAACUUCUAAUCAGUGAAAUGUUAAAAAUAACAGUAUCACACAGUUUUGCUGGCACAAAGGUGAUGAGCAUCAAUCAAAAUCAAUCAUGUUGCAAUUUUGUGUUGUAGGUGUGGGUAUUGGUGAUUUCUUCUUUUUAGCAAUUAAAGAGUUCCUUAAAAUAAAAAACAAAAAAGUAAAGAAAAAAAGCAAAAGGCUUGUUACUUUUUGCCAUACAUUUUUGUAUGCUUUACUUGAUAUAUGCUGUUGCUUAAUUUGUGCAUCCCAUCACUAUAGCAGUGCAGAGCAGUUACUGCAGAUGCCAUCAUCCUCUUAAGUACACAUACUGUACAUUAAGCCACAUGUUUAUUUUAUGACCUAAGCAUUUUAGAGCUUUCCUAGCAAUAACUAAAAAAACUAAUGGAGUAUAAAUGAGAAAAUUGCCUUUUUCAUUUGAUAAUUUAGGUUUACCAGGAUUUUUUUAUUACUUUAGCUAACACAAAAUUUAAGAUCAGGGCAGAUGAGAUCAGUUUGAGCUGUAUCAGCAAGUGUUUGAAAUAGAUUUACUGUGAGCCACGUACUGCAGCUUUCUGAAAAUACAGGUGUAUGCAAACUGUCCAAAGAAUCAAAACUGGGGCAUCCUAAGUCAAGCCCUCUGAUUACUGGGUGGAAUGAUUUUCCAGUGUUAGAUGCUGUGCCAUCACCCACUGCCAAUGGGCUAAUGGGGUUUUACCACAGAUUUCUGCCCUGGGAUUCAUUAGUGUUUGCCUCCUUACUGUCCCUGUGUAUACCACAAACAUGACUGACGAGCCUUUCAUUGUACUUCAGGAAUAUUUUUUAAUUGUUCUUUUGCAAAUAUUUGCAUUUCAUAAUAGCAAUUUCAGGGUGAUCCCUAUUAAUUCACAAGCAGCUGAGUGUGGGACUUGAUGCUUCAGAGUUUAUUUAGAGUAGAUUAGAGGGCAUUAAUCUUCCCCAAGGCUAAUGGGGCAGGAAUGUAUUGUUUUAUUCAUGCUUGUAGAGCAGAAAGAUGCAGUCUUACUCAGAGGGUUAGAGUAUCUCCCACUGACCUUCAUCGACAAUCCUGUUAUUUCAGCCAUGUUUUGUACAGUUCUUCCACAAAGAGGUGCAAGGCUUAUUCUGUUGACUGUAAACAACCACACAGAAUGUUUCAUUUGUGCAUAGCACACUGUUCACACCUCUCAAUUAAUGCCCUGCUUCUGGGGGUGAUAAUCUGCUGCAGGGUCAAUUAGUUAAACGCAGCUUUCAGUUGCACCAGGGCAAUCUAGAGGGAUCUGACUAUCCAUGUCCCAGGAAGAUGCUAAAGCCAUGGAUGAAGCCACAGAGAUGGAUUUGCCAUGCAGGGCAGGAAUUUAUUUUUACUGCAGUUAACAUAAUCCUUGUGAUCUGGUGAAGGAGGUCAUUCAGGCCAACCCCCAGUCACUUGCACUAGAUGUGGGGUGCACCCCAUGUUCACUGUCAGGUUGAGUUGAGCUGCCUGAACACUGGGAUCACCUGGGAGCUCAGAGUCAAAUGAGACCCACCAUCCUUCUCUGUUCAAUUUUUUGCUGAUCUUUAGUAAACUCAUUGCCAUUGAAGCUGGGGCUGGUGCCUGACUUGGCCACAAACAGCACGUGUUUGAUAUUGGAUAUGCUUACAUUCUUGACAAACUGAGUGCACAGGUUCUGUUUGUGUGCUUGAACCUUUAAGUGACAUUUUAGGUGGUGACCUGCAGGAGGGCAGUUUAACCCCAUUGCUCCUCACUGCUCAGAGGCAGAAAUCUCUGUUUAUUCACAGGCAGCACACACAGCUGCUGUCCCUGAGCAGGGCAGGGAGCUGACCAGACCCCUGCUGGUGCAGUCACAGUGUCCAGAUAGGAGAGACAGAAAGGUGGCUGUCACCAGAGCUGAUGCUUCACAGGAGUAAAAGCACAGUUGCUCUCUCCAGCCUUCACAUGGGCUGGGAGUUAGAGGAAUGGAGAGGCAGGGCAGCACCACUCCCCAGAUCCCAGAUGCUCGAGGUUCAGGCUGAGGCACAGGGCUGAACAGCAGUGUGGGUUUGCUGCUGGCUGCAGGUGUUCAGGUGUGACCUGUAACCAUUGCUGUUGGCCACUGUCAUGGGACCUGCUGCAGCCCAGGUAACUCCCAUCCCAGUGGAAGUCCUUGGCCAGGAAUGAAUUUCAGCAGAAAAUCACAAAUCCAAAUCUCAAUCCAGUAGCAAAACAAGCCAGAUUAUUUUUGUAGAAGCUACUAAAUGUUUAACAUAUUUCAAAAUAUUUUUAGAAUCUACUCCCAUGACUAAACCUUGUCCCUGUCUCCAGCAUGCAUGCAGAACCAAUCCCAUCCAUUCCCAGGGGAAUGACAGCUAUAGUACCUGUAAGGAGUUCAUGCUUUAUUAGUCAAGUGGAACAUUAAUAAAACCUGGCCCACUUCAUAAUUUCCAGAAUAGUCAUUAAUUAAAAAAAACUGUUUAUUGGAACAGAAAACAAGUAUUUGAUUAGCUUUGUUACAGAACAAUAGCUCUCCUCAUUUUUAUUCUGCAUAUUUUAUUCUUUCUUUAGAAAAUUCUCUUAAGAAGCAUUUGAGAUAAUUCGCUUUUUAAAACUGUACAGUUUCUAUGGUUUUGCUUUUUAAAUGAGAGUACACUUUGUAGAUUUGAUUAUUAUAUUUUUCUGUUAAUAUUACAUUGGGCAUUACAAAAGCAUUCCCCACCACAGUGAAAAGAAAGUGAUCCUGUUGGUUUAUUGUAAAAGAAAAAAUAAUUAAAACAAAAUUGCAGAGCUGUGGCAUACUCAAUCCAAUUAGAGCAUGACUCUUUACUACUUUUCAUUUACCACAUGAGAAAAAAAAUAGUUACACCAGCAAGAUUUCAUUUGAAGCUGUUCAUGCAUGCUGUUUGUACUGUAUUUGAUGGCAUAAUAUUGUUUUGUUUACAACCUUUUCUUUCUCGUCAUUCUAUUAUAUUCUUUAUAUGUAUAUAGUUUAAAAAAAAAAGAUUAUACAAAGUAUUUUGUUCUACCUCUGUAAAAAUCAUAUUUGUGAAUAAAGUCACGUUGUCUGUGGAGUAUGGUAUUGUGAAUACAGCA